AUGGCAACCGAAGACGAUAAUUUCGAUAUUGAUAUCUACGGGGAUGGUGGAGGCUUCAAUGCAACCGAUCAGGGGGAUUCGAAACAGGAAGGCAACGACAAACGACACGUCAACGCUCCAAACUUCUUCCUCUUCAAAAUCUCAGACCGAACCUACCCAUCUCACACAUCCCCCUCUUCAUCUACCCAUCCUACCCACUCUACACACUCUACGAACGGUGACCAAAAAAUGUCGCAAGAUCAGCCCCCUACUCAAGAUGCACCUCACGGUGUCAAGCGCAAGGAAUACGAGGAUCAUCCCUCCGACCCUAAUGCAACCACCGCGCUGGUCGUCUCAGACCUUUUCUGGUGGACCACCGACGACGACAUCCGCGGCUGGGUGAACAAGGCCCAAGCUGAACUCGACCUCAAGGAUGUGACUUUCAACGAGCACAAGGUGAAUGGCAAGAGCAAAGGUCAAGCCUUUGUAGAGUUCACCACUACUCAGGCCGCAACGGCCACUAAGCACUACCUUGAGAGCACCACUGGCCGUAAGCAGACUGUCCAGUAUGUCAGUGCGCACUUGAACCCGUUCAAGACCCACCCCAAGGACGGCCAGCAGCGCCGGGAUGGCUCCCGCGGCUCGUCCUCCGGCUUCAGCUCCCCCGCCAGUCAGAACAUGAACUUUGGCGGCGCCGGCGCCGGCACCGGCGGCAAUAUGAACAUGGGCGGUUACCGUGGCGGCCGCGGUGGCUACAACAACAGCAACCGCGGAAUGAACAACAUGGGCGGUUACAACAACCGCAACAACUUCAACAUGGGCGGCUUCCAGAAUGGCGCUGGAGCCGCCGGCGGCAACAUGAUGGGCGGCUUCCAGGCCGGUCCUAUGAACGGCAUGCCGAACUACGGCUUCAACAACCGUGGCGGCAUGAUGAACAACAUGCGCGGUGGCCCCAGUGGCAUGCGUGGUGGCCGAGGCGGCAACAUGGCCGGUGCCGGAAUGAUGAUGUCCGGUAUGAACCCGAUGAACAGCGGCAUGGGCAUGAACCCCAUGGCCGGCGGAAUGAACUCCAUGAUGGGCAACAUGGGUGGCAACAUGGGAAUGCAGGGAUUCCAAGGCCCUAACCCGGCAUUCAACCAGAACUUCUUCGGGGCCAACCAGGGUGGCGACGGCACCUGGAAUCCCCACGGCGCCAAGCGCAGCCGCCAGGAGUGA